CACGUGGUUAUUUCUCGUGGGGCACGUGCGCGAUUCACGUGAAUCGUUCUUUUCACCAGCAACAAGAUAGCGCUUGGUCGUUCACCUGUUAGACAGCAGCAAAUAUGGAAAGGGACGCAAAGGAAUAUUUCUGGGGUUGCCAGCUGACGAAGGAGGCCCCUUCCCAGACAUGGUCAUUUCAGGAGGAGGAAGAAGACUCUGACUACCUCGUCCACACGCUCUUCCUCAGAAAUUCUGUCCUGGGAGCCGAGGCCGUGAAAGGAGAACUGAAUAUUGUACAGGUGGAGACGAAGAGUUUUGAAGAUAAGGAUAUCAAGCAACCAUUGUUCUCGUUACGGAAUGGUGGACAAGAAACGAUGACGAUGGACCUGAGUUUUGCCGGUGCGUGUAGCACCACGUUCCGGCUGGUUGAAGGUUCAGGGCCAGUACACAUAGGUGGACAACAUCUAGUGGAAUUCCCACCCGAACACAACAUGAGUCAAGACGAGUCCGAGUUCUUUACCGAGGACGACAUCGAACACGAGGACGACGAUGAUGAAGACGACGAGGAAGAUUCGCCCAAGGGCAAGAAGUCCCAGAAGAGAAAGGCCAGCUCACAGACAACAGCUAAGUCGAAGGUAGAUCAGAAAGGAAAGAUGGAAGUUAGCGCUGAGGACGAAGACGACGACGAAGACGAGGACGAAGAAGACAUGGACGACGAUGACGAAGAAGACGACGAUGAAGACGACGAUGAGGAAGAGGAAACACCAGAGAAAACAAAGAAGAAAGGCAAAAAGGCCAAAGAAGAUGUAAAAUCUACGAAAGCAGCAAAGAAGGCGAAACCAGCUACGAAGGCCGCUGUUAAGAAGACUGUGAAAAAAGGCAAGAAAUGAAAGCCCCUCCUCGUCUUACCCCGUAUUAAAGUGCUGCUGUAUUUAUAGUGAUCUGUGUACAUUGGUGGGCGGAAUAAAUCUAUCUGGGGCAUG